AAAAGCUGUUCAGUUGAGAUCGCGAGCGUCCCGGAGAGAGACGUCCGUUUCCCGAACGGUCCCCGAAAGAAAGAAGAACGACAUAAGCCCUUCUAACUGAAACUGUGAAUGGAAUCCGGGUUGGGGGGAUUUUCGCGUUAGGCGUAGUUAUAGUUCUAGACAUCGUCGCGUGUUCCCGAGUGAGCGCCGCCUUCGUCACCUCGAGUGCCCCUCCCCCAUUUGCUGCAACUCGGAAAGUGUGUUCCGUCUGCCUCCGUUCUGUGCGUUUGACAGUGUUGUGCGUUUUUCAAUGCUUGGAUGAGGAAAAAUUAUUCAAAGGUUUCGAUUACUGUGGAAAUUUAUUUCACGAGAAGAAAAGCAUGUCAAAUUUGCUCGGUUUGUGAUUUCUAUGUGUGAGCGGAGCAAAAAAAGUUUUCCAUUCGAAUGCUCGUCUAAGCGAUUUCAGAAGGGGAAGAAAAUUCGGUGAAAAUCCCCAUAGGAAAAAAAGAAAGAUAAGAUUCUUUAAAGGGUCUCGUCACAGUCGGUGCUUCAAGUGAAUUAAAGCUCUUUUCCCAACAGUGGGAUGUGAUAUAUUUUGCGUGAAAACACCAGAGUGAAAAGCUGCACAUUUCGCAUCGUUCAGUGAGUGCAAUCGAGAAGGUAUGAAUGAAAAGUUCAAGUCACAAGUUCAAUCAAGUGAAGAGUGUGAAUGUAUACUCCAACAACCAGUUGCAGUAGGCCAACCAUGGAACGUCCCCACCACAAACCACUAGUUUGAACCGCCUACUGCCAGUCACUUUUGGAGACAUCGCCCGUGCCUUCCGGCAUUAUCAUAACAGCAUAAAAAAAAGUUGCAAAAAAACCUCGAGAGAAUACACCCUAUCAUGGAACAGUAGUCGAUUCGUGCCGCUUUCAAUGAGCCGUCAUAAGAAGCAACAACGCCGGCAGCAACAAGCAGCAAGGUACCUUGCCCCGCCGGAACUUGACAUUCGCAGGCGGUUCUCCCCAUCAUCAUCACCAUCGUCGUCGGUGUCCUCCUCGUAGACAUUCCACCCAUGUGAAGUUCCACCUGUAGUAUCGAGAACGGAAAGUCCCGACGACGGCAACAGCACUGCACGCGCUGUCAACCGCUCAGUGAGACAUAUUUGCGGACGCGGUUUGCGUGUAAUUCGUGGAAUAGCCCAGCAGCGGAAACGUAAGCUUCCUACACUUGUGGAUACCAUGGCAGACUCGACGGUGGCGACCCCCAGCGGAAGCAAAUCCAAAUGUUCCUCGCUGCGGAAGCACCUUAGCAAGUCGGCCUCGGAGCUCAGCUGUAACGAUUGCGGCGGUUCGGGCGAUUCCCCACAGUCAUCGCCGCAGAGGGCGCGCAGUGCCGUAAACCCCAGCGUACCGGGUGUCAUCCAGAGGACACAUGGUUUCUUCAAUACACUAAGGAAUCGAUGGUCCCGCGGGCGUAGUAAAGAACGGAUACGUGGCUCCUGUGGGCAGGACCUGGAACGGCGGGACAGCCAAAGCGACUACGCUGCCGAUAACAGCUCGGAGCACAGCAGUUCGGCCACUCCGCAGACGCAAUCCCCACGGCACCGGGCCCUCACGAUAGGUGAUUCUCCCCUGGCGCGACCCAACGAAAGGAAUGCCUCAAUGAGCUCGGACGGAAACGCCCUGAAGCUGACGACCAAAGUAGAUGUAGAACAGCCGGGUACCAGUGCCGGAAAUAUAGUGACGGCAGCGGUAGCAAAACUCAUCAGUAACAACGAUGGACCCACCUCAAGCGGAAGCUCGGCAGCGGCCACGGGAACCGUGACCGCGCCUGCUACGAGCAGCCUCAGCGGGGACGACGUACAACGAAGGCGCGAGACGCAAUUGCGGCAGCAUUCGUUCUUCCAGCUGCGAAUACACCUCAUCAGCGGGCACAAUCUGGUGGCGAUGGAUAAGAGUGGUACCAGUGAUCCAUACGUCAAGUUCAAGGUAGGCGGUAGAUUGCUGUACAAAUCAAAAACCGUUCACAAGGACCUAAAUCCAGUUUGGGAUGAGACGUUCGUCGUUCCUGUGGAAGACCCCUUCCAGCCGAUUAACAUCAAAGUCUUCGAUUACGAUUGGGGCCUGCAAGAUGAUUUUAUGGGUUCGGCAAAACUCGUUCUAACUGCGCUGGAACUGAAUCGAGCAGAGGACCUCAUCAUAAAAUUAGAGGAUGCACAACGGGCCAAUAAAGAUCUAGGUGAAAUCAAACUCGGUGUAACGUUGUGGCCCAAAACGCAGGAAGACAAGGAACAAUACUUUCAGCGCAACCCCAAACUGGCCGAUGCUUCGAGGCGCCUCAAGUCGCAGAUUUGGUCCUCGGUCGUGACGAUAGUGCUCAUCGAAGCCAAAGGACUCCCACCGGACACCGAGAAUGGACUGAACGACGUGUACGUUAGGUUUAGGUUAGGCAAUGAAAAAUACAAAAGCAAAUCAUCCUAUCGGGCCCGAUGGUUGGAACAGUUUGACCUGCACCUGUUCGACGACGACCAACUGCUGGAGCUGAUAGUAUGCGGGAAGUACAACACGUACGGCAAAUGCACAAUCGAUCUACGAAGUCUUCCGCGAGAACGCACACACGGCAUGUGGCAACCCCUGGAGGAAUGCACCGGUGAAGUGCAUCUGAUGCUGACCAUUAGUGGGACCACAGCAUCGGAAACCAUAACGGACCUAACGGCGUAUCGGGAAGAUCCUAAGGAGCGAACGCAGCAACAGAAACGAUAUGCGUGGCACCGUUCGCUGCAGAACCUGCGGGACGUGGGUCACCUGACGGUGAAGGUGUUUGGCGCAACGGGCCUUGCCGCGGCCGAUAUCGGAGGCAAGUCAGAUCCAUUCGUAGUGCUAGAGCUAAUCAACGCUAGAUUGCAAACCCAAACCGAGUAUAAAACGUUAACACCCAAUUGGAACAAAAUCUUCACUUUUAAUGUAAAAGACAUGUCCUCGGUGCUGGAUAUAACCGUCUUUGAUGAAGACCGGGACCACAAGGUGGAGUUUCUGGGGCGGGUGAUGAUUCCGCUGCUACGGAUACGGAACGGCGAGAAGCGAUGGUACGCACUGAAGGACAAGAAAAUGUAUUCGCGGGCGAAGGGAACGCAACCACAGAUUCUCCUGGAGAUGACUGUGGUGUGGAGUAAGGUGCGGGCGGCGCUUCGAGUCCUGGAACCGAAGGAGGAGAAACUCGUCCAGCAGGAAGCGAAGUUCAAGCGUCAGCUGUUCCUGAGGAACGUUACGAGACUGAAAGCCGUGAUUAUGUAUUUUAUAGAAGUAGGACAAUUUGUUCAGAGUUGCUUCGAGUGGGAAUCGCCGUUUCGGUCGUUCAUAGCUCUAGUCUUAUGGAUUUGCGGAUGUAUUUGGUUCGACAUUUCCACCAUCCCGGCCGCAGCGCUUCUGUACUUGCUAAAAAACUGGCUAAUACGAUGGCUAACGGGUGCAUCUUCGCCGUCCACUACGGAUGAGUACGAUGUGGCCAGCGAUGACGAGGACGAUGACGACAAGGAGAAGGAGGAAAAGAAAACCAUAAAGGAAAGACUGCAAGCGAUACAGGAAGUGUCGCAGAGUGUACAGAACACCAUCGGUUAUCUGGCGUCUCUGGGGGAAAGCGUUAAGAACACAUUCAACUUCUCCGUCCCCGAGCUGAGUUGGCUGACGGCAUUCCUGCUACUGAUCGCCUGCCUGGUGCUACAUUACGUCCCAAUCCGGGUGCUGCUGCUGUUGUGGGGUUUGGUCAAGUUCAGCCGUCGACUCGUUCGACCACACAGUGUUCCUAACAACGAAGUGCUCGAUCUGCUGUCUCGAGUUCCUGACGAUGAGGAAAUUAUCAUGUGGCGGGAACUGCCACUCCACUCGACGCCGGAAAUGGCUCGGCGGGAUCCAAGGAAGAAACACAAAACCUCGUAAUGCUACCAAAUCACCCUGAAGCGAUACUUUAGGGCGAACCUGCGAAAGGCUCUGAAUAUCAGCAAGAAGGACAAUUAGAUGCUAUCUGAACAAUUGAGUGAAUCUCUCUCUCUGUCUAGAAAGCCACAGUUUUGAAAUUUUUUGUACUUAGAUAAAAUUAUAAGUAACAUUUUUCAACUACUUCCAUCUCUUUAAUCAUGUUAGUCUAAUAGAAGAAAACUGCAUAAAUCGCGCACUAAAACGAACUACAUUGUAAAUCUAGAAAUGGGAGAAAAGCUUUUACCACACGUUUAACGAUUCUAGUCCUUUACUGGUGAUGUUAUCGAAGAACUAUCAAUUGUUACGUUGUACAACUCAUCGGAUUUUUGCUUAGUGCUAUCAAUCUCUCUUUAAUUCUAACUACGGUAAGCGAUAAGGUGUACGUUUAAAACAAGAUUUUUUGCAACUGAAUCGAACCCUUAACAAUCCAGUCUCUCCAAACCUUUACAAACCAAACAAACCAACUGUAGGGUAGACGUAGAUAAGAGCUAUUGUUAAUUGUAAAACCUAAAAUCUACAAUUAAUAAAUCGGUUGUUCACUGGAGAGUAUAUCUAGUUUCACGAUCGCAGGUAUUGGUUAUUGAUUAAUUCAAUGUUCUCCUACACUGUUUAUUCCAUUGUGUAUUUUUAUUAACUGUUGCCACUUGAAUGAAUUUAUUCUCAGAGAAAAGUAGCCAUUCAACGUUCAUUACCUGAUCUGUUAACAUUUUCAUUUAUACUAAAAAACUGCAUAGAAAGGAUACACCUUUGCUACUGGUAGUCAUAUAGAAGCUAAGCAUUCACUAGAAUAUGGAAAACUUCCCCAUAACGAAAUUUCGCUUCCUUCACUAAAGCUAAGCCUACGAAUGCAAAUUCAUUCAGAAUUAACUCCCAAAGUCCGUCCAAUCAACACGAAAUUCGUAUUCCUUUUCGACAUAAGCACUGUACAUACAGCAUAGGCAUCAUCGAACGUAUCAACUGCUUUUACGCAACAUCAAACGAAUCGCUUAAUGUGUAACGUUCAGUAUUUGUGCUUUAUUCACGAACUCAUUACUCAUUAACAAUCAAACAUUGUACUAGUCGUAGUUAAAAAAGAAAGCAUGCAAACGAUUCAUCUCUUAAAAAGGUUCUAUUUUUAUAUACAUCUUCUUGUUGUCUUUUUAUGUGCAUUUAAAGUACGAUUUUGUAAGGCAAGAUUUAGACGAAAUCGAACGAUAUGUGAUUGGAAACCGGCACGUGGCAAACCAAAUAUAAGUGUAGCGCUAGACAUUGGACAGAGGGAAACGACGACAGUUUGAAUUCAUAUUUAUUCAUAUUUCAAGCAAAUAGUUUACAAACAAUCAUCACCGAAACCUGCACGUUAGGGUACAUUCCUUCAUUCACGUCGGCCUUAUGCUUGCGUUGUCUUUUUGGUCAACAGCACGUCACUUUACUUGUUACACUAAUGUUACAAUUGAUGAACUGAUUUCCUCCGAUAAGUUUUUGAUAAUGAAGUUCGUACCAUAAUUCAUUGAAUAAAUAAAUUCACGCACAUUCACUUCCAGUAGGUAGAGUCAAUUUGGUACCGGAAUCAAAUUAGAUGGUAGAUCAAAUCAUCCUUUUUCAAAAAAAAAAAGAGCUAAUAAAAUUUGUUUAAGUUUA